CAGUUGCUAUACUACAGCUGCACUGGUUUAGUGUUUAAAUUAUUACUUAUACUGCAAGUAUUGGUAGAGAAAAAUCAGUAUGGAUAGAUGGUUAGGUAAAGUUGCUGUUGUGACUGGGGCAUCCAGUGGUAUUGGUGAAGCAAUCGCUAAAAAGUUUGUUGGUCAUGGAAUGAAAGUGGUUGGUUGUGCAAGAAAUGAGGAAAAACUGAAACAAAUUGCAUCGGAAAUCAAUGGGAAGGGUCAAGGGGAGAUGUUCCCUUUCAAAUGUGAUGUAAAGGAAGAAUCACAAAUUUUGAGCGUGUUCAAAUUCGUAAAGGAAAAAUUUGGAACCAUGCAUGUGAUGGUUAAUAAUGCUGGAUUGGCACAUUUUGCUGCAAGUUUAGUUGCAGGCAAAACUGAGGAUUGGAAAGACAUGCUUGAUGUCAAUGUUCUCGGGUUAUCUAUUUGCACGCGAGAAGCAAUUCAGCUGAUGAAAGCUGGCAAUGUAGAUGAUGGUCAUUUGUUCAACAUCAGCAGUGUGGCUGGCCAUGCUAUUAGUCCUAUGGCUCCUUUCUACAGUGCAACCAAGUUUGCUGUGAAGGCUUUGACUGAGGGAUUAAGAAAAGAACUGCGUGACAAAGAUUCCCAAAUCAGAGUCACUUCUAUUUCACCUGGUGCUACUAUCACCGACUUCGGUUACAGAGCGAUGCCACAAAUGAGAGAAAAGGUGCCAAACCUAGAAGUCAUUAUGCGUUUCCUUACGGCAGAGGACAUUGCAGAUUCUGUAUUGCAUGCCUUGCAAGCCCCAGCACACGUGGAUAUCAACGAAAUUAUAGUUCGGCCGACUGAUGGCGAUUUCUCUAAGCGCAUGAAAUUUUAAGUUACACCUCAAUAGUCUAUUUUAAUUACACCUUAUGCUGUGUAACUGACGAUCAUUAAUUUGUAUUUAUUUUAGUUGUGUUGCUAAUAAAAUGCAAUAGUAACCUCC